ACCAAGAAACAUCAUGAAUAAAUCAGUGGCUGACAUAGUACACUAAGCGGGGACGGCCGUGUGUUCACAUGAGGGUAGAACUACCCAAAAGCCAUGGCUAGUACCUCAAAAUCCAACAGAGAUUGCAGUCGAACGCCGAAAUACUCGAUUUUAGCUAGCAAUAUCGUUGGAGUCCAACUUUCGCCGUGUUCGGAGUAUGAAUCAACCGGCGACCCCGCUAGCGAUUCUAAACCACAACAAAACUUGUCCGGAAAAGAUAUUUUCGAUUCAUUUAUCAAGGAAAACCAGACUACCUUAAAUACACGGCUGAAUGAGACGUUAAGCGAAAUUCGCUUUGCUGGAUGGAUAGAACCUUCUACACUUUUAUUGAAAGGUCCAUCAGAUGAAUUGGACGUCCUGAAAGAAGCAUGGCGCCGGAGAUUUCUACGUAGUCCAGCUAAUUUUGUGAUACGAGAAACCGGUAACAUCGGUUCAAUCGGCAUGGACCUCGUCCCACAAGCACCAUUCCUACCGCUGACCAAAGCUCUGUACGAAGCAAUAGCGGCACUCAACGAAAACAAACUUUCAAGCACUCAAAAGGACGUGUUCCAAUACCUCGCACAUACCUACCAGUACGUGCAUGUGCCUAAAGUCCACGUGGUCCACGACUGCUUGGGAAUACUUAUCAAAGAGAGAAGGGUGUACUUCACAGGUAACGCGUACUUCGCGUUCGCGGACAGGGGUUACGAGUCGGAGGAUGCGCGGGAUAAUUCUACUGUCAAAACAGAUAAGAACGAGGGGGAGGGGCCCACUGUUGAUAAUACGAGGAAGAAAAAUCAGGAGGGUAAAACGAAGAAGCGGCACGGAUCGAAGGAGUCGGAGAACUCGGCGGAUGGGCGUAAGAAGACUAGCGGUAGAAGAUCGAAUGGACAUAAGAGACACUCGAGUAAGGAGUCUCGUAGCUUGGAUACGAGUAGGGACUCUGCCGUUAUAUGCUCUGAGUCAUCAACUCCAACUAAGGACGAGAAGAUCGCGAAAUCAAGCGUGUCAAGCGAGUGUUCCAGCUCCCCGCACGAGGCUGAAGAGUCGAGAAAAUCCAAGGAUAGACAGUCUGUAUUCGGCCACAUCGCGUCCUUCAUUAAAGGGCGAAAGUCGUCGACUUCGGGGGCAUCGCAGUCAGAGCGAGAGAGUGAAAGAGAAGAUGGAAAAGACAAAGUGAGUAAGAUGAGUGUCGUCAAAGAGGAAGAAUCCAAAAAGGAAAGUGAAGUAAAGAGAAUCAAUGCUAGUGAGAACAAAGACAGUGACAAUGUUGACUUUGAGUUUAGACGUAGUAGAUCUUUUGUUGCGCCGAACCGAAAGCGGCCCGAGUUCUCACGAAGCAACUCCUUCACCGCGACAUCUAAUAAACCACUUUCAAGUACGAGUACUUCUCGAAUGAAUGGCGAGAGUUCGCCGAUGUUUGUGACACGGUCGUUCAAAACCGAGUCCGUACGGACAAGUUCGGACCAUCCGUCGUUACUCCGAUCUAGCGUCGAGGGGCCAUCGUCAAAUAAGACUAGCGUCGAGUGGCCAUCGUCUGUACGGACAAGCUCCGAACGGCCAUUACCUGUACGAACGAGCGCCGAACGGCCUUCGUUGCGAACAAGCGCCGAACGGCCUUCGUUACGAACAAGUGCCGAACGAACAUUGCCAGUUAGGAAGAGCACGGAUACCUCUUCGUCAUUUCGAUCAAGCACCGAGCGGCCAUUUUCAUUUCAUGCGGAUACGGAAAGGCGAGAGUCACCUUGGACGAGUACCGAGCGAACGUUGUCCCUACGAACAAGCUCGGAAUUCGAUCGGCUCAGCCCGGAAGGGUACGAAACUCCAUCAAUGAGGCCUGCAGAGUCGAACUUCACCCGAAAUCUUUCUCUUAAACGUCGAGAAAUGAACGGAAGCAAGAACAGCACAUGUGCUGUAGGAAUUGUGAGGCCGCUGCACACUUAUACGCAAAGCUCGGGCUCAGAAAGUCUUUCCAGGGCCAGCUCUGUCAAAGAAAACAGCAGGUAUUCCACUCCUAGUAUCGGAACCCCUAAAAGUGACCGAAAGAGUAACAACAAUUCAAGUGGCUUUAUAAGGAGCUAUUCAAUGAAGGAUUCAAAGGGUGAUUUUACCCCGAUAAAAGUGGCUAAACCUCAAGAGAGGGAAUUCAUCCGUAACUCGCCUUUGCAGAAUUUACUGACAAGGAACACCGGCACAACAGUGGCCCUUACGGCACCUGGGCACAGCUCAAUCUACACCAGUACCCCACUACCCUCGGGGAGCUCGUACAACUCCUCCACACUCCACUCGGGAAGUCAGUAUACCUCACGUACAUUCACUUCCGCCGGAAGUAAAUCCAGUUCGAGAUCCACACUGCAACACAGACACUCCUUUCACGGGACGUCAAACAAGCGGUCAUCUUGGAGAACUGAGGUACGAUCACGUGACGACUCGGACGACGUCACUAGUGUUCCCAUGACGUCAGUCGAGGGUUUAAGAGAGACGGGGGAAGCGUGUAAGUCGCCGAUCUGUUACGAUCAGAGCAAACUCGAGGAUAAGAUUGGUCAGUGUAGGUGCAGUGGGAAUAGCUGCUGUCAUCGAUAUGCCACGAGCCCCGACCGAACGAGAAACGAGGGCUCCACGAGAGACGAUCGAUCGUCCAUUUGUACUAGAAGCGACGAUAUUCUAUUGGGCGAGAUUUCAUCUUCGGCUUCCUCGGCGGAUUUUCGGUUAGUUUCUAGGCUUAAACACAUCGAUAAUGGCUCAUCGCCAUUUGCAGUGGCCGAAGGUCACGUGAUGUUAGAUUCAAGCCUGACAUUUAUUGGGGUUAUAUAACGAUAUCUAUUGGAAUGCUUGGUAUACGUAAUUAUGACUUCUGUCAAUGUAAAACUAAGGCAUGUGUUAGAAAUACCUGUAGAAAAAGAAAAUAAGUAUUAGAUAGUUAUAGCUUAUUUUCACAAAUGCGCUUGGAAUUAAUAAAAACAAAUAAUAAAUAAAUAAAAACCAGGAAUUUGGAUCUUAAUUAACACGGUCUUUAUGAGGA